AAUUACUAUAGUAAAGUACAAUGGUGUGGUGUUUACGUAAAAGAUUAAAAAAUAAACACGUACCUGUUUAAAUUAUCUCGUUUAUUUAAAGACCAUCUUAAAUGAUGUCUAUGUUACAUUCGAAUGUUGAGCCCUCAUGGCAGUGGGAAACCAACGCUGAAUUCAUCAAUGACCCCUUAGCAGUGAUAUAUCACGAGGGUCAGUGGACGUUGAGUAAAGUCUCUCCUUUAAACAACUUACAAUACAACAGAGUGAAGCUAAAACAAUAUGCGUCCAAAAUUCGACUAGCAUUGGUCAGUAGCGUGUCUGCGAAGUCUUCUGUCAAUUAUGCGGUGCAGUUUGACCAGCAGUCUCUAUUGAAGUAUUGUGAGGACGAUGCUGAUGCUUUAAAGAUAAAUGUUGCAACAACAACAAAUGGUGGUAAGACAAAGAUGGCAUACACAGGCAUUUUGAUGUCCUGGGGAGUCAGCAGUGGUCCUGAAGGCACUGUUCACUUGCCUUAUAUGCUAGAGCGGGGAGAAAAAAAAGUCGCAGAUGUGGUUAAAAUCUGCUUACAAAAGAUAUUUGACUGCAAUAUAAAACCAUUGAGUUUUACACAGUAUCAACUGCUGAUGUUUGGCUUCAGUUUUGUGGAGUGCGCAUCAGCCAGGGGCACUGACCCUUUUGUCCUGUCCUACACCACUCCUGGGGCAGUUGACAUUAAGAAUAAGCUGGACAUGCGGUUUGAAGUCAGUGACGUACACUACAUGUGGAACGCAUUAAAAGAUGAGGUGGACAACAUGUCAGAACUCAUAAGCCAAGUAUACCAGAUUCUGCAAAAACAAAUAAUGCAUACAAUACAGUAUGACAUAUCUUUCUUGGAUAUCUUCAAAAUCACACUGCUCAAAGCAGAGAUCAAAAGCAAUGGUAUUGUUAAAAUGAAAUCACCUGAAGUGGUGAACUCUGUUUUUACCGUGUUGAAUGAGAUCAUUUGCAAUGAGACUCCAUUAGACAGUUGAGUUUUUGAAUCAAGUCGUGUCGAUUUUGUUGUUUAAUUUUGUAAAUAUAAGUAACAUUAAAUAGUCUAGGCUGUCAACCGAAAAUGUUAGUUAAAACUCAUAAGUAUUGUAAUUUUAAUAGCUGUACUAUGUCAGUAGAGUUGACAUGUAAGUCAUGUAAAUAGUUUCUUUGUGUGAAUGUUUUAACUUUGACGAAUACAAUGAAUUAAUAUAAUAAUACAUGUGGUCAUUUACUUAUACACGCAAUAAUCAAUAUAAUCUAUGAAGUAAUAUGGAUUUUUCCCACCAUCAACUUGUUACCAAUGGUAGCAAUUUCGUGGUAACAAGUGGGAAUAACCGAGAAAAUAGUAGCCAGGUCACUGUCAGUGAACACAGUCAGUUGCAACUGUUGCAAGUGUAGCUACCAAAUGUAUGCACUGCUAAAUUGGCUGCAUGUACAACAACGCAAGGCUAUGUGACAUGACAACAGCCAUAGCUUUUAGAUUAGCCACUAUGCAUUUCGAACAGCCAAUAGUGCUCGAUAGCAAGACAUGUUGGUUUUUGACCACUAGAAGUUGCAGUUCUAAAAUAUUGAAAUACUAUGUAAUUCGCAAUUUGUUAUAAUUUUUUAGUGAAGCAUCUAGUUGUUUAGUACGGAAGGCCUAUGAAGAACUGUUUUUUCUCGAAUCAAGUAAAUGUGUAGAUUUAAAUUGAAUAAAAAUUAAAAGCCAUGUUAUGUUUUUUAACAUUUACUCUCAUGAAUUACACCUUACAAAUGUGUUUUCGCAUAUUGUAACCUUACAAAAUAUUACAUCAUUACAAUGUGCUAAACUUAAAAUAACCUAUUAUGUAAUCAUGUCUUUCUUACCUUGCAAGCAGUUCUCUCAUUUGAUUACAUUUUUACCACUC